CUUCCUCGUUGACUGGAUACACUUGUCACACACACACACACGAACAAACAAGACUGCAUUGUUUUGAUUGCAUUUUACACUGGCCACUGUAUCUGGAAAGUAGACUACAAAAGGCUUGUGAACAUACAAUAUUGAAUAGGAUCAUUUUUCCAUAUCGAAAAGGAUUGUAAUUUACACUGUUGCUGUUUUAAGAAGCCGCCGAUCAAUUCAACAGGUAGAUUUCUGAUGUGUGACCUCAGCAUGGACCAAGUGGCCCCCCUGUCGACUUGCUACCGCUCCAGCCUCAAGCGGCAGGCAGCCUUUGACCUGUUUGAAGAUCCCAUGUCUCUGUUCUCUGGAUACUUCCUCCCCUCAGACGAUGACCAGUCUCUUCAGGAGGUGCCCUCUGGCCUCAACUGUUUCUCACACGACAUGGGCCCCUGCUCUGUUCCCCUGUUGACCCCGUGCAGUAAGGCAGUGAUGAGUCAGGCCCUGAAGGACAGUUUCAGUGGCUUCGCCAAGGUCCAACGCUGCUAUGGCAUCUCCAACAACCCUCGUAAGUGGACCAAGCAGCAUGUGAUGCAGUGGCUGCACUGGGCGGCCAGUGAGUUCAGCCUGGCCAACGUCCAUUUCUUUAAGUUUGACAUGAACGGCCAGGAGCUGUAUGACCUGGGAAAGGAGAGCUUCCUGGACCUGGCUCCAGACUUUGUGGGCGACAUCCUGUGGGAGCACCUGGACCAGAUGAUGAAAGAGUGUCAAGAGAGAGAAGAAUCCAUAAGCCUCAGCAGUGUUGUGCCCUCCGUAACUAACUGGAUGAGCUCUAGCGGCUUCAGUCUGGAGGAGACCCAGUGUGCCCUGCAGGUGCCUGACAACAGCGACAGUCUGCUGAGAGAGCUGUUUGAGACCUCAGACAAGACCGCCCUGCUGUCUCCAGAUCAGGAGUUCUCCAUGUUCUCCAAGCCCCAGCUGAGCACGGUCAACGUCAGCUACGUCAGGAGCAACCCAGGCUCAGGGCAGCUCUCCAAAGCCUUCUUGUCCCAGGACCAGAGUUUAUGUUCAUUGGAGAGUGUGGAUAGCAUCGAGGGGCCAGAGUCCAAGCUGCACUCCUGGGGCAGCCAAUCCUCCCUGGCGGACAACCAGAGGGUGCCGUCCCACGACAGCUUUGAGGAAGAGUACAACAGCAGCCCACUGAGUCUGGAGAAGCAGGGCCUGUCCUUCAAGGACUACGUCCAGGAGAGGAACGAGCCUGUGGAAUUGGGAAAGCCUGUCAUAGCUGCUGCAGUGCUGGCUGGCUUUACUGGAAGUGGUCCUAUCCAGCUGUGGCAGUUCCUGCUGGAGCUCCUGACUGAUAAGAGUUGUCAGGCCAUCAUCAGCUGGACCGGAGACGGCUGGGAGUUCAAACUCACCGACCCAGAUGAGGUGGCUAGACGCUGGGGCCGCAGGAAGAACAAACCCAAGAUGAAUUACGAGAAGCUGAGCCGUGGCCUGCGAUACUAUUACGACAAGAACAUAAUCCACAAGACCUCGGGCAAACGCUACGUCUACCGCUUCGUCUGCGACCUGCAGAACCUUCUGGGCUACUCGGCCGAAGAGCUCCACAUCAUGCUGGGGGUCCAGCCUGACACUGAGGAUUGAAUCAACUGCCGUUUUAUCGAAAGGGAAGGGGUUGGAGAUGGAGUCAAUGGGGCUUCACUACCCCAACCUAGCAAAAGUUGCUAAUGGUACAGGCCACCUGAAGGUCAUUUCUGGUCAUUAAACAGGUGGCACUGAGUGAUGUGCACUGACAGUCGCUACACUGGUGGACAGGCAGCGAACAUCUCUAAUUUGGAGCAGCCGCUCCUGUCUUGGCUCUUGUGCCAUCAAUGUGCAUUGUUGUGCAAGCUUUGGUUGAGAGGGGUGCCAGUAUUUAAAUCAAGCGUUCCCUCUGGGUGAAAGUGUUGUUGUGCAAAUUGUAAUGGAUCAGCUCUGUAUCCAUCUGCAAAGUGGAAAGCUGUCGAUUGCACAGAUGAUAAUUGCGAUCAAUGUAACAUAGCAGAUUUUUUCAUUCAAGCCUGAUACUCAGCAAGUGUGGUGUUUACAGAGUCUGAAUAGUGGACAUUUUAACAUACUGUGAAUGAUCUUGGGGUUACCAAUUGAGAAUGCUUUUGAGGUGGCGGCUCCAGCACCAUAAGGUUAGGCACCACACCCUCAUGGGGUAAUUUUCACAAUCAACUUUUACCAGUUGAAUGUAGACACUUGUAAUCCUUUUUUGUAUUACAAUUAUUCCGAAAUAUUUUAUUAAAAUAUACAAACGAGGCAAUAUCUCAAUAUCUCAUAUUUCCAUAUCGCGCAAAUCCAUUUUUCUGGACACUGGAUAAAGUCAGUUUAAAUAUUUUGGUUUCCUUUUGUUAAGACACUCCAGUACCGGACUUGUCCAGAGCAGGUUGUGGAUAAAUACUUUUUUAAAAUCUUUCUAUCUGUAAAAUACUGAAGACAUCCACUUGGCGCAUUUUCCUGAUUUAUUUUUUAUCGAAAAUACAAAAUUGACAACAUAUCAACAAUUCCCUCUGGGCAAGUCUGGAGAAUAUAUCUAAGGAUAACCAAACAAAAUGUGGUAAAUGCAGAUGCUUCUGAAGCUGCCGUGUGGGAAGUGUCUGAUUUAUGGGAAAUGGCAGCUAAAGACAAGUACACUGAAUUUAGACUACCAAAUGCCAAAUGCCUAUUUAGACACAAUCACUAUCUCUUCAGAGUAAGUUACUAGCUAAAUAUAGUCCAGUUUGUAACAUUCUCUAUGAAAUGUGAUUUUAAAUCAUGUGUAAUUUAAUGUAGUGAGCUUUGAAAUGAUUGCUGUAUGUCCAUUUUUGAAAUUCAUUAAAAUGUUGAUGAGAAACUAAA